AGUAGGUGGCGGUAAUGCCGCCUUUAAACAGAGACGCCAACCGCUAAGAAACUCCAACGAAAAAGACACGCUUCAGCUGUGUGAGGACGUGAAAAUGGAGACGUCAGAUGGAGGGACGCCUGAAGUGACAGAAGUCUGUGUAAAGAAAGAAGAGGACAUCUUCGAGGACAACCUCGUCAACACACCUGAAGAUAUCUGCAUUAAAGAGAAAGAUCCUGACCAUAAAGACUACCUCUACUGUGAGGUUUGCAAAUCUGUGUUCUUGAACAAGUGUGAGGUUCAUGGCCCGCCUCUCUUCAUUCCUGAUACUCCUGUUCCCAUGGGCGUCUCUGACCGAGCCAGACUAACUCUCCCUCCUGGAUUAGAGAUUCAGAAGUCCAGUAUUCCUUAUGCAGGUCUGGGGGUGUUUACUAAGGAGGAGACUGUUCCAGUAGGUGCACAUUUUGGACUCUACCAGGGAGAGCUAGUAGACCGAGAGGAAGCCAAGAACAGCGGAUACUCCUGGGUGAUGUCAAAAAGAUUAGAGGAAGAAGAGAGAAAAAGAAAGCAUCUUGAAAAUGUCAUCAACAUAAUAAUGGAUGGCAGUUCAAGUGACCUAGAGCAGUUAGAGGAAGAGGAGGAGGAGAAGGAGGAAUGGGUUCCUCAGGCCAUGCAUGAUGAUGGAAGUUCAGACAGCAGUGAUGAGGAAGAUUAUCAAGAAGAAAGUGUAGUCCAGAACAGCAUAGAAGUUGAGGUCCCAACAACACAGGACACAAUCAAAAAACAGUCAGUGAAGGAUAAUGCAAAAGAGAAAAAAUAUAGAUGGAGAAAACAACAAUUUCAACCUCCAUCUGUCGAUUUCAUUGCAUCUGAUAAGGAAGGGACAGAAGACAGGUGUAACUGGACUCCAUACAUGUAUUUCAAACAGUUUGUCACUGAUGAAAUGCUACAGGAAACGGCAGAACAAACAAAUCUGUACAGCGUACAAAAAGAGGGCAAGUCGAUUAACACAACUGCCAAAGAGAUAGAGCAAGUUCUAGGCAUGUACAUGCAUAUGGGGUUAGUACAGAUGUCCUGCGUGAGAGCAUAUUGGGAGAUGGAGACAAAGCUUCCUGCAGUUUGUGAUGUAAUGUCUCGAGAUCGGUUUCUGAAAUUGCUCACACUGAUUCACUUUCAGGACAAUUUCAGUGUUUCUGAUGAUGCAAAGAAAGAUAAACUGUGGAAGCUUAGGCCAUGGUUACAAAAACUGCGAAAACAGUUUCUUUGCAUACCUCCUGAAGAAUGUCAUGUAGUAGAUGAAAUUAUGGUGCCAUUCAAGGGAAAAUCUCAUCUACGUGUCUACAUGCCUGCAAAACCCCAAAAAUGGGGUUUUAAGAUGUGGGGACGUGCUGGACAAAGUGGCUUUCUUUAUGACUUUGAUGUUUGUCAAGGUGCAGAACAUCAAGACAGAGAAAAAUCAGAAGUGGGUGUUACAGGAGAAGUUGUGCUGAAAAUGACAUCAACACUUCCAGCAGGAAAAAAUCACAAGGUCUUUGCAGACAAUUACUUUACAUCAGUUCCCCUGGUGCAGCACCUAAAAGAGAGAGAAAUCCACUACAUCGGCACAAUCCGGAUGAACAGGAUGACCAACUGCACCAUGAUGGAUAAAAGGGAAUUGAAGAAACAUGGAAGAGGGUCAGUGGACUUCAGAGUGAACCAGGACAACAUCAUCAUUGUAAGAUGGUUUGACAACAAAACGGUGAACCUGAUUUCUUCAUUUGUGGGCAUUGAACCUAUGGGAAAUGUGAAACGCUGGGAUCGCAAAUCCAAAACUCACAUAAUGGUUCCCAGACCAGCCAUCGUUGAAGCAUAUAACAAGUUCAUGGGAGGCGUCGAUCUCCUUGAUAUGCUGUCUGCACUUUACAAAUUCAGCUUCAGAUCCCGAAGAUGGUACAUGUACAUCUGGUGGCACACUGUUACAGUGGCAGUCAUCAAUGCGUGGAACCUCUACAAAAGAGACCAUAAGAUGCUAGACCCCAGGAUGAAAACCAUGGCUCUGCGAAGGUUUCAAGCUUUGCUUGGUACUUCACUCACAAGUGCUGGAAAGGCUAAAAAGUUUGGACGACCACUAUCCUGUCCAGAAGCAGCUCCAUCACCACCCCGUAAAAGGUCAAGCUGCAGUGUGCCCCUGGAUGUCAGAAAGGAUGCCACGGAUCAUUUUCCAACAUGGGAAACCCGACAAAGAUGCAAGCAUUGCACCAGCAAUCACUUCUCACAUGUAUACUGCGAGAAGUGUAAGGUGCAUCUUUGCUUGAACAAAGACAGAAACUGCUUUCGUGACUACCACAAAGUGAAAUAAAAGGACUGGAAAAAAGAUAUAUGUAAAAAAAACAAAGAAAAACCACCUAAAAUGUUCUAUGUUUUCCAACUGUUAAAGGCAUAAUAGUUUUUUUUUAAUCUAAAAUCUACACUGUUGUAAGCAAAAGUUCCCAAAAAGCCUGAUGUAUCAAAUGUGAUACAAAAAAAAUAUCAAAAACAAAAUGAGUUGGCAAUUUUUUUUUAUUUUGUUUAAGGCUUAAUAAACAUCUAAUUUCCAAAAAAGAUAUAAUUUUCUGCCCAUUUUUUAAUGUGUUAGGCUUUAUAGGGUUGUUAAUUAAAUCUUGACAAGAUGACUAGUUAAAAUGUGUUUUAAUCAUAACAAUACAUUAAUUCAUGUGAUAAUAGAACAAUUUCUCCUGAAUCAUCAUUCUAGUGCCUGGAAACCUUCUUCUUCUUCCCUUUCAGGGGUCGCCACAGCGAAUCAUCUGCCUUCAUCUAACCCUAUCCUCUGCUUCCGCUUCUCUCACACCAACUAACUUCAUGUCCUCUCUCACUGCAUCCAUAAAUCUCCUCUUUGGUCUUCCUCUAGACCUCCUGCCUGUCAGUUCAAACCUCAGCAUCCUUCUACCGAUAUAUUCACCAUCUCUCCUCUGAACAUAUUCAAACCUCCUCAAUCUGGCCUCUCUGAUUUUAUCUCCAAAACAUCUCACAUGGGUUGUCCCUCUGAUGAACUCAUUCUUGAUCCUAUCUAUUCUUGUCACUCCCUAAGAGAACCUCAACAUCAUCUCUGCUACCUCCAACUCUGCCUCCUGUCUUUUCUUCAGUGCCACUGUCUCUAAGCCAUAAAGCAUCGCUGGUCUCACCACAGUCUUGAACACCUUUUCUUUCACUCUCGCUGAUACUCUUUUGUCACAUAACACACCUGAAACUUUUCUCCACCCAUUCCAACCUGCCUGUACCCGUCUCCUCAACUUCUUUC